AUGAGAGCUAUAUUAGCUUUGCAAAAUUUAUCUAAAUUCAACAAAAAUUACACGCAGCUUGACUGUCGGACACGCUUGGCUGAGAUGUUGCAGCACGAGGGCGAGUCAGAUGAGGAUUGCGAAGUCUACUUUUUAAAGCCUGUCAACGAAUACAACAUCGUGGAUAAAAUUAAGGAAGCGAAUAAGGAGUUGUUUGCUGAUUCGGAUACGGAUAAUGGGAAUAGCAGUGAGACAAGCAAUGCAAAUCGUAAAGUAACAUUUGCGCCGGAUUUAGAAGACUAUGAACCGGAAACUCUAACUGAUAAUAAUGCUAGUAUAGCAGAAACAUUAGCUAAUCUUGAAACUGAAAAGGAUUUCAACUCUAAUCUGGCAAAAGUUGAGAAGUUUCCCGCUAUAAUAGAGGAAACAAAUGCAGAAUUGCUAGACUCGGUUCAGCAGACAUUAGAUGAUAAUGAAACAAAUUUGCCAAAGGAGGAUGUUGAUUUAGGUGCUGUGGUAAUGGCUGAUACAAUUACAGAAUCAACUACCGACAUUUCAGCAGAAAUAAUUGCAGAAAAUGAACCAGAUAUACUUGAAGAAAUUUGUGAAGAGAUUGUGGUAAUGGAUAUAGAACAAGAAUUGAAAGAGGCCUUAAAUAAUUCACCUAUCACCCUGCAUCGACGCAUUAUGAAGCAAGCAACUUUUGAUUGCGAUGAAGAAGACAAUAAGAGUCUGACUAACUUACUUUCGUCCGACGGUGAAGCCGAAGUAGGCAUUGAUACUGAUAAUGAAUUUGAUGACAAUACUUUUGCCAAUGAAAUCGAUGAAGACGAUGAUGAUGAUGAUAAUUUAUCCAUUAUUGUUGCUUCCUACAUACCGGAUGAUUACGAUAAGACGCCACUUGAUGAUUUAGAUGAAUGUACGAAGUCUAGAGUAAAUAAAAUACGAAAAUUUUCACCUUUUCGUAAAAGAUUUUCGAUGCGUAACCAUGGCAAUAAUACACAGAAGCACAUGACCCCGCCAGAGGUGACUGAUUUGAAAUUAAAUUAUAAAAUAUGCUGUGAAUAUCGGAAUGCUGCACAAGAGAAGCUACCAAAAUAUACGGGAUGUCUUUCCGAAUAUGGGUUGAGUCGCGAGCAACUACAACAGCGGGAGAAACGUUUGGUGCAAAAGCAACGACUCGCAGUGGAACAAACUUUAAAAACCACUGAAGAUGAAAUGCGUAAAAUGCAAGAUAAUGAACGCGCCUUUACUACUUGGUUAAAAAAUAAAAUGCGUUUUCCUAUAAACAAAACACGGAAUAUGUUUGAUGUGAAAAUUAAUAGAAAUUCAAACAGUAAUACGACAAUAAGAAAUCGGUUUCGUUAUUAG